UCAGACUUCAACAUAUGGCACCAAAAUAGGCAAAAAAUUUUUGACGUCGAUUCAAAUCAAAGGCCCAAUAUUUGAUUCAUUGAAGUCCAGUCAAGAUGGAUUUAUCAGUCACACCUGGGUUGAGUGGGUAAUAUUAAUGGGCUAAACAACUAGACCCAAUUGGCCCAAAAAAAGUUAACGUUAAUAUUUUUUCAUAGGAGAGGCCGCCAGAUCUAAUUUCAAAUCAAUUCAAAACAUUCCCGAGGCUCUCCUCCAAUUUCACAACGCUCGCCCUUUCCUUUUCCUAACCCCUAACGUUCCAAUUUCUUCCCCUAAAUCCAAAAAUCAAACUCCAGUUCUUCAACUCCAUUUUCUCCCAUAUCAACGGCCCAGAUCCAACCCUGCUCCAAUUCCCUCGCUACUAAAUACUAUCAAACAACCCUAACUCACAGCUUCGACUGAGUUUCAAAUAUGGCUUCCCGCAACCAGAAUCGACCGCCUCGCAGCCCCUCCACCAAAAAGGAGCUGGGAGAUGAAAAUCCAUUAGACAAACGGAGAAGGCUUGGAGCGAUAGGAAGAGGAGCGGGACCCACAGGAACCGGACGAACCCGACAAGCCUUCGCCGUUGUUAACAACCGUCAAGACGUUACAACAGCCGCUAACGCCGAGGAAUGUCCUAAUCAUGAAUUCACCAAAGAAGAAGUCGAAGCGAUAUUAAACGAGAAGCCGAAAGCAAAAAAGUUCGAUCUCAAGGCUAAAUAUGAGCACGCGGUGGAACAUAAUAAAAGGCUUAAGCUUUGUGUGAAAUGGCUUCAACAAUGUGAUGAGAAUCAUGUACUUGAUAAAGAGAAGCUUAAGAAUUCAUUGGAAUCCGCUGAGAAAAAAAGCAUUGAUAUAGAGUUAGACAAGAAAAACAAGGAGGAAGAACUGAAUGCUGUUAUUUCAGAGUUAAGGGACAAUAAUGCGUCUUUACAGGUGAAGCUUUCCAAGGAAGUGUCUGAAAAGCUGGAUGUUGUUGACCGCCAUAGAAGUGAAAAUAAAGCUAGGGUUACUGCAGAAAAGUCAGUUGCUUCUCUAACAGAAGAGCUUGAAAAAGCUCAGCAGGAUAUAGCAGCUGCUAAUGAGAGGGCCGCCUCGCUUGACAAUACACACAAGCGAUUACAAGAGUACAUCCUGAGUCUUCAACAGUACAAUUCCAAAUUAAUAACUGACCUUGAAACAGUCCGUGAGUCACUCAAACGAGUAGAAAAGGAGAAGCUAACAAUAGUGGAGAAUCUUAGCACUUUAAGGGGUCACUGUAGUUCAUUGCAAGAACAAUUAACCUUGUCAAGAGCUUCACAAGAUGAUGCUGUUAAUCAAAAGGAAACAUUAGUGAAUGAAGUCAAAUGCUUACGAGGCGAACUACAACAAGUGAGGGAUGAUCGUGAGCGCCAAGCGUCACAAGUGCAGGCCUUAUCUACUGAAAUUGUGAAGUACAAAGAAAGAACUGGAAAAUCAUUUGCAGAAUUAGAUAUCUUGACAACAAAAUCCAAGUCCUUGGAGGAGACAUGCUCUUCUCAGAGGGAGCAAAUAAGAAUACUGGAGCUUCAAGUUGCAGCUGCAAAUGAGACACUAAAGAUGACCAAUUUAUCAGCUUCGGAAACAAGGAUGGAAUAUUUAGAACAAAAAAGAAUCAUACAAGAACUACAAGAUCGGUUGGCUGAUAUGGAACACAAACUUAUUGAAGGAGAGAAUUUGAGGAAAAAGCUGCACAACACUAUUCUGGAACUAAAAGGGAACAUUCGAGUAUUUUGUCGGGUACGUCCUCUUUUACCAGAUGACGGUGGAGCAGAAGGUGCAGUCAUCUCUUAUCCUACAUCAGUGGAAUCUCUUGGCUGUGGCAUUGACUUGAUACAAACUGGGCAAAAGUAUCCUUUUACAUUUGACAAGGUUUUCAAUCAUGAGGCUUCACAGCAAGAUGUUUUUGUGGAGAUAUCCCAGUUGGUACAGAGUGCCCUUGAUGGAUAUAAGGUUUGUAUAUUUGCCUAUGGACAGACAGGUUCAGGUAAGACCUACACCAUGAUGGGAAGGCCAGAAACCCCAGAGCAAAAAGGGUUGAUACCGCGUUCAUUGGAGCAGAUAUUCCAAAGUAGUCAGUCACUGCAAGCACAGGGAUGGAAAUACAAGAUGCAGGCUUCAAUGUUGGAAAUAUACAAUGAAGCCAUCCGCGAUUUGUUGUCAACCAAUCGAUCAGUUGGCUCAGAUCCAACACGCCCAGAAAGUGCAGUUUCUGGAAAGCAGUACACAAUUAAACAUGAUGCAAAUGGUAAUACAUAUGUCAGUGACCUGACCAUUGUUGAUGUUAGUAGCAUAACAGAGAUUUCCUCGCUUUUAAGGCAGGCUGCUCAAAGCAGGUCUGUGGGCAGGACGCAGAUGAAUGAGCAAUCGUCAAGAAGUCACAUGGUUUUCACAUUGAGGAUAUCGGGCAUAAACGAGGGCACUGAGCAACAAGUGCAGGGUGUCUUGAACCUUAUUGAUCUUGCAGGAAGUGAGCGGCUGUCAAGGAGUGGUGCGACUGGAGAUAGGUUAAAGGAGACUCAGGCCAUUAACAAGAGCUUAUCGUGUUUGAGUGAUGUCAUAUUUGCUCUGGCAAAGAAGGAGGAUCAUGUGCCUUUUAGGAAUUCCAAGUUGACAUAUCUUCUCCAGCCUUGUCUUGGUGGAGAUUCGAAAACUCUUAUGUUUGUGAAUGUAUCGCCGGAUCCGACUUCGGUGGGUGAGUCGCUAUGCUCUCUCCGCUUUGCUGCUAGAGUGAAUGCAUGCGAAAUUGGAGUUCCCCGCCGUCAGAUGACUUUGCGGCCAGCUGAUUCUCGGUUGAGCUGUGGCUGAAGUUAUGUUCAUCAAAUUCUUUUAUAACAGAAGUAACUUUUUAGAAAUUGAAUAAGAUCAUGCUUUGUAAUGAGUGUAACGACAUGCCUUCGGUUUGUAUCAUCAUCUGUAGAGGUUCUAAUUGAGUUAUUAGUACUAAUCUGUAUUUUUAGAUUUAUGCUGUUUCAGAUGGUUAUUGACUUUUGGCAGAAAGUAACUCUUUCAUUGUUGUAUGAUAAAUUUCAUCUUUUGAUGAACACAGAAACAAAUGAAUUCCGUGAUUUAUCAG